UUUAAAAUUUAUAAAUCUGUUAUCGUUUUAUUAGCAGUCAGUGAAUUUUGAGUAAUCUGUUGGCGAUAUAGAGAAAUUUUACUAAUAUUAGUCUACUUACAAUAUUUACUACAAACGUAAGGAUAGAACUACUAACUGCCUAGUCUGAUUGUUGGUUAUGUUAUACCCAGUAAAAAAUGUAUGAUUGCUACUAGUUAAUUGCUUCAAAUAAUGAGUCGGUGUUAUAAUUGUAGUAAUAUUUUUUGCCUAAUAUGGACCUGUUCUUUCGAUAAUAUAGUCAUAACAGAGUAUUUCCAGAUGCAAUUUUGAGGCAUUUCCACUACCUCUGAAGUGUUUUAAGGUUUAGCCUAUCUUACUCUGUUUUCUAGAAGAUAGGACACUUAAUCAAACGUGCUGACUAAUAUAAAUCAAUGAGAUAGAAUAGCCAGUAUUGUAGCAGAGUUUACAGGCUCUUCAAAAUGUGGCUUCUGCGAAAUGAUGAAAAAGGACUGAUAUAUAGAGUGUCUUCUGGUAAGGAACACAUGGUGAGCAGAAAGGAUGCAGACCUGUUGCUGGAGGGUGACCAGUCCAUCAGUCGCAAACAUGCUUUACUUUCCGUCAAUGAUGAAAACGAAAAUGAGGGAAUAGUCUUGAAAGACCUAGGUUCAAAAUAUGGAACAUUUACCAUCAUUGGAGAUGGACAGUUAACGCAGCUCUCUCCUCAGCAACAAGUCACACUCAAGUGCGGUGAUAAUGUGAGGUUUGGUAUUCAGUGGAACUCAUGGAGAGUAGAUUAUGUGCCGCUGCUGGUGGCAACGUCCACACUGACUCAGGAGGAGAAGACAGAGGUUAAACAGCUGGUGACGGCUCUAGGAGGGCAAGUGGUCAGCGACUGGCAUGAUAAGUGUACACAUCUCACCAUGAACAAACUCACCGUUACUGUCAAGGUAGUAUGUGCCCUUGCUGCCUGCCAACCAAUUGUAAUGCCUUCUUUUUGGAAGAGUAUGACGCAGGCUCUGACGUCCAUGCAGGCCACUCUACCGGAUUGCAAGGAUUUUGUACCACCUUUGGCUGAAGCAGUACUGAACCCUUCAGAAGUCUCGUUUGCUCCCAACCGUGCAAGGUGUCAACUAUUCAACGGCUACACAUUUGUUGCCUCAUCACCCAAACAGCUGAAUCGGAUCAAAUCCAUGGUUACUACUGCAGGAGGCACAGCGGUUGAGUUCUCUGCGAGAGUUUGGACCGAAGACAAACUGAUGAAUGAGAAAACUAUUUUAAUGCUGCAUUCAGCCAAUGGCAAGCAGAGCUCCCAGAACUCACAGGUUCCUGAUGGUUACAUCACUGUUGCUCGUAAAUUGAGGGAAAAAGGGGUACGCUGUAUCCCGGAGUCUGAGAUCGGGCUUGGUGUGCUGUACUGCAGCAUGGUCCAAUACUGCAACCCUCGCUUCAGUGCCAAUUCUGUCCUGGGGUCUUCCAACAGUUCUCUGGAGUCCACACAGCCAGUCAACGUCAUAUGUCCUGACUCUGAGGAAAAUACAAACUCCAGUGCUGACAAUCAAGAUUAUAUCAACACUGUUCCCAGGUCUUUUGAGUCAUCAACUUCCAAGAAGAGGAUGCAUGAGGAUGUAAGUGAAGAUGAAGAACAAACCAGAAAGAAACCAGAUAAACGGGGAGAGUCUCAAGAUAUAUUUGAUUCUCAAGGCUCUGGUGUCCAGAAACCAAGCUGUAGUGGAUUAAGUUUGACCUUGAAGAAGGUCACUCCUGCUGAAGAUUCUUCUAAAGAAAAACGGCCAGUCCUAAAUUCAAAUCCUUCCCUCGAUAUGUUUGCACCAUCCGGUAAAAUCUCCUCCACCUCUCAUAAUCAGACAGAUGUCAGACCAUCAGGCGAGGAUUUAUUUGGUUCAACAGGACUUCGGCAAAUACAGAACACAAAAGCAGAUGAUGAUGAAUUUUCUUUCACUUCAAAAAAAUGUCGUAAACUUCAAAAGGAGGCUGAAAACGAGGUUGAUGAAUUCUCUUUCACAUCAAAGAAAAAUUCUGCCAAACAACAGGAACGGGUGAUAGAUGAUGAAUUUUCCUUUACGUCCACCAAGAGAGCGUCCAAAAGGAACCGAAAUAGUGAUGUUGACAUGUUUGCUUCUAGUAAUGAAUCCUCUUUUAACAAGAAUAACGUCACGCCAGGCCCAUCUAAAGUUAGAAGAACCGAUAAUGAAGGUGAAUUCCGUAUUGCAGAGAAAAAAAUGAGUCCUUUGAAGGAUAACGUUUUUGUUUUCCCGGAAAAGCCUAAAAGAAAGCGUAACAAUGAAAGUCUUAUUGUUGAUGAUGAACCUGGCCCAGAGGUUAAAGUAGCUCUGUUUACCAAGCAAGAAGAACCUAUUGUAGGUCCAAGUGACAUGGAAAUGGAAAAAGAAGCAGUAAAACAAAGCACUGUAGAUCCGAAAGUUCUGGUCACGUAUAGUAAACUUAAUCCACCUGUAGUAAACAUUAAAAAGGAAGUUGAAGAUGAAGAGGUUGAUGAACUAGCCAAAGAGUUGCAUAAUGCUACUAUAGUUGUGUUCAAGCCACUUGUCGUUGUAAAGCCAAAGCCAGUUGAGAGAACUACUGUUGCCUCAGGCAAGAACUUCAAGAAGUUCCGAAAAGUUGUGUCAUUGAACAAGAGAGCAGUUCCUCAUAUAAUCGGUGGUAGUGACUUGGUGCCCCAUAACGAAAUCUUAGAGCCCCCAGACGACUUUUUACUACCAGAUCUUCCCAAACACCAGCCCACCCCUGAGGACGACUGGGGCUUCCAGAACACCAAGAAGAAGGGAAAAGCUUAUUGAGCAACCAUUCUUACUUACCUAUCCAUACUGCACUCAUUUAUUGUCGAAUAUGACGUAUUUCAUCAAUCUAUGUUUUAUACUUUCACAAAUAACAAGCUGUGAUUUAGUUAAGUUAUACAAUUUAGUUUUAAUGAAUUGAUUGUAUAGUGUGAGGUUAGUGCCUUAUAAUAAAGUAAAUUUAAUGUUUGUUUUGUUUUGGUUGAAAUGUUUGUACAACUCAAAUGCGAGGUGUCCUAGUUUAUUCAUAUGUAUUUUUCCUAAUUUCUAUACUGAAUUAAAUAUUGUAUAAUGAAACCUAUAUAAUAAAAUAUUUCCUUUUA